GAGAGUUCCUGUCCGUGUUCCUAAAACUUCCAAGUUUCCUUGUUUGCACCGCCAAGCACCGAUCAUUUACUUACCUAAGUAACCGGCUUAGCAUCAUUAGGUAUAGUGAAUCGGGAAUUGCAAAUCGCGCCGAGAUGCCUUCUCUUGACACUUCGGCUGCUCCCGAGAGCGAAGCCAAGUUUACUAGCGCCUUGCCUGCAGACGAACCUCCAAUCAGCCGACGACCAACUUCAACUCAAGAUGACGGCGGCCACCACAAAGACAAGCUUGCGAUUGAGGAGGCCGUCGAGUUCGAUGUUGACCUUGAGAAUGAGGAUGACCCCGAAAUUAGCCAAAUUCCGCCAGAAGUAAGACGAAUCGUUAGUCUUCAUGAUGACCCGACUCUGCCUACUCUAACCUUUCGAUAUUUUCUUCUUUCCGUCAUCUUCGUUAUCCCGGGAGCCUUUUUAUCAGCUAUGAACAGCUUUCGGACUACAUAUGCCCCUUAUUCGGUCUUUUUCGUUCAAAUCGCCGGCAACUAUGUCGGUCUCUGGCUCGCUCGCGUUCUUCCUAAUCGCCAAAUUCGAAUCCCUUAUACCAAGCAGUCAUUCAACCUCAACCCGGGACCUUGGUCAGUUAAGGAGCAUGUUCUAAUUACCGUAACAGCAGCAUCUGGCGCCACUGGUAACCUAGCCAUUACGCCUAUCGCGCUUGGUGACCUUUACUUCAAUACGCGUGUUCAUCCUGCCGCGGCUAUCUUUUUCAUGUGGUCUAUCGAUGCCAUCGGCUAUGCGUUUGCCGCCAUUGCUCGUCAAGUUUUACUCUAUGAACCAGCAUAUCCUUGGUUCCAGGCGCUCUGUCAAACGGCUCUCUUCGAGACGCAGCACAAGCAAAACAAGAACCCGACUUCGACAGCACGAAAGCAAAUGCGCGUCUUCUGGUGGGUACUCCUAGGGGUUACUCUAUGGCAAUUCUUGCCCGAAUACGUAUUUCCGAUGACAAGUUCUCUGGCAUUCCUGUGCUGGGUUGCUCCUCAUAAUCCCGUCGCCAACUUUAUCGGCUCUGGUCUAGGCGGAAUGGGCUUCCUUAAUCUAAGCUUCGACUGGGCCAAUAUUUCCAAUUAUCUUGCUGGCGUUCCGCUGUUUCUGAGCCCUUGGUGGUCACAAGUUGUCCUCUUCGCUUCUUUCGUCAUGUCCUGUUGGAUUCUGCUUCCUGCUGCUAAAUGGGGAGGUCUGGGUGGUUAUCCCCACUGCUUGAUGACGAAUCGAGCAUGUACCGCCAAUGGAAGUACAUAUCCUGUGACUGAUCUGGUCACGCCUCAAAACACCUUCAAUCAGACAGCUUACGAAGAAAAUGGGCCGCUAUAUCUCGGUGUCCAUUACCUAUGGGCCAUUUUCUUUGACUACGCUUCGUACGUCUCGGCGUACUCCUGGAUCGCCUUCUUUGGAGCUGGUCAGAUCAGAGAUGGAUACAGGAAGUUCCGAGCUCGACAGCAAAAUUCAGGACAAGGAAUCAAUCAUCAAUAUACGGACCGGUUGAAUGUGCUUAUGCGACAAUAUAAAGAAGUUCCUGUCUGGUGGUACAUUGCUCUAUUCCUAGCCGCUUUUGCUGCGAUUAUGACAAUGGCUGGGCUAGACAUAAUAUUCAUCCCCUGGUGGACUUUCUUGGUUGCUCUCAUCACAGGAGCUGCCAUAGUUGUGCCGCUCGGCUGGCUUUAUGCCAUAAGCAAUUACCAGCUGCCCAUUGGAACUUUCAACGAGCUACUAUACGGCACAAUGGUGCAAAACUUGAAAACUAACCGUAACCCCCUCGGAGCUAGUGUAUAUGGCUCGAUCGCUGGAGAUGCUUGGUACAGAGCGCAGUACAUGUUACAAGACCAGAAAAUCGGACAUUACAUGCACGUUCCCCAACGUGCGAUCUUCUUUUCGCAACUCUUCGGAAUCACUAUGGGCGUACCAAUCAAUUAUGCCGCAAUGCGCUGGAUCGUAGAUACCAAGCGCGACUACCUUACUGGUGCUGUCACUGACGCUGCUCAUAUCUGGACAGGUCAGUCUCUAACGAGCUCUCUGACCAUGGGAGUUCAGUACGUCCUCCUUGGGCCAACACGACUCUUCCGACAAGAACAAUUCCGUCCUCUUCCGUACGCGUUUCUCGUUGGUGCAGGUGCCCCAGCCAUUAUAUACCUUCUCCACCGACUUUUUCCUCGGGCGAAGUUCCACCUCUUCAAUACCACGAUCUUCUUCAGUGGUGCUUCCAUCUUCUACGGUAACGUAUCGACAGGGUAUUUCUCGCGAUUUUUGGGAGGCUUCGUCGUUAUGUACUGGGCAUAUAGGUACCGCUACCAACUUUGGGCGAAGUACAAUUUCAUCCUUGCUGCCGCCUUCGAUGCUGGGUUUAACCUGAAUAUGUUAUUAAUCUUCCUAAUAUUCGGAAGCGCGAAAGUCAUUGGGAUGCCGAAUUGGUGGGGAAAUGAUGCGGGUAAUGUUGAGAAGUGUUACGCACUCGAUUAGAGACGCCCUCUGUAGGAAAAGGAUGGACUAGGUCAAAUGGACUGAUGCCAAUGAGUAAACGGCUUUCAAGUUUGGCCAUGAGAACCUACAAGUAUCAAGUUCAGCAUAGUUUAAUAGUAUGAAUACUAAUAUACCCGAUAGCAAC